UACUUCUAUACUCUCAGUAUGACACAGGAAGAAACAAAUUGUGGCGAACCCAGAAAAGUGGAGCCGGGGGAACAUUUGGCCCCAAAAGACGAACUUUGAAUGAAUGAAAUAGUACCGCAUAUACAGCUGAAGCACCGCUCCAGGUUCACCGACGAACCGGGUCCCAGACUCCCAGAGUCACCAGCGACGUUUUCCGGCUCCGACGAAGUUGAGGCACGCUCUAGGUUCACCGGCGAAUCGGGUCCCAGACUCCCAGAGUCACCAGCGACGUUUUCCGGCUCCGACGAAGUUGAGGCACGCUCCAGGUUCACCGGCAAAUCGGGUCCCAGACUCCCAGAGUCACCAGCGACGUUUCCGGCUGCCGGCGAACUGGCGGAGAGACCGCUCGACGGAGGAAAUUCCGGUGGAAGGUUUCGCUGCUAAUUUUACAUAUCAAAUUACUAUUUAGUACCUAAACUUUCUACAAAAAUACAAACAAGUUCAGCAUUAUGUAUGAAAUUUUAUAAUUUGAUACUUCAAUUUUUUUUGUUUUACAUUUAGUACCUAAAUCAAUAAACAUUUACAAACAGGUCCAAAGUGAUGGAUACCCAUAUCUAGGGAUGGCAACAAAAUCCGAACCCACGGGUACCCAUCCGACCCAACCCGGUCUACGCGGGUAAAACCCGUGUUGACGGGUUUUGGGCCGGGUUCGGGUUUAAACCCGCUACACUAUUCACCGGGUCGGGUUGGGUUUGGGUUUAGGUAAACCCGGCCCAUGGGUACCCACUCACACACAUAUAAUUACUUUCCCGGUAUAUUUAAUAUUCUAAAUAAUAUAUCUUCCUUAAACAACUAAUAUUCUUUAUGUUUGUGGAGACAUGUAUAAUUUGUUCUUUCUAAUUGUUUAGAAUGAAGUUGAUAUUAUGAA